CUUAGUCAGAAACUGUCUACCUUCGAUUAUCGUGGAAGUGUAUCGGAAGCGUUGACGUUUGCUUCAAAUUUAUCUAUCAUUCUGCUAGAUUGCAGGAAGACGCAAAAUGACGGCAACAGAAAUUACCGACACUACGAUAAAUACGCACACAAUCAAUAAUGUUGUUGAAAAAAAUAAUGCAAUCGUAAAGAUGGAAAAACUGAACGAAGAAGAUGAAAUUAAAUUGGAAGACUUAGCGCCAGAUGGUGGUUGGGGAUGGAUUAUCGUAUUAGCAAUGAUAUUAACUUUCUUUACCACGAUAGGUCCGUCAUCAUCAUUCAGUAUAAUCUUCGCCGAAUUUCUCGAGGCGUCCGGACAGGCAGGCAUGGCAUCAAGUUUAUUCAAUUCUCUCUUUAUGAUCACCUAUUCUCUUGCGAGCUUGCUUACCGACACAUUGCUGAAGAGACAUACUCCAAGACUAAUUGGAGUUGUGGGUGCAAUCUUCUUUGCGUUACCAAACGUCGCUCUGGCAUUUGUUAGAAACAUAUACGAUGUCGCUUUCAUCUGUUUUCUUCAAGGUUUUGGAUUUGGCUUUAUUAUUACGAUCUCUAACACGGUUUUCAACUCGUACUUCGUGAAGAAAAGACCAAAAGUAAUGUCCGCAUCGCAAAUCGUUAUUGGACUUGGCUCAAUCGUAUAUCCUAUGUUGUGCGGAUGGUUAUUGACGGAGUAUGGUUUUCGCGGUACCGCGGCAAUCGUAGGCGGGAUCAGCCUUCACAGCAUUGUCGGUAUGUCAUUGAUGCAUCCCGUGGAAUGGCAUGCCAAAAAGCCGGAGGAAGUUCGUGCUGAAAGAGCGCACGAGAAAAAACAACGAAUGUUUCGAGCAAUGUCCAAUCGUCGUUCAACCAUCGCCGUGAUUCACGUCUCUUCUAAAACUAAAUGUAGCAGUCUUCUUAGUCUCAAAGAAGAAAAUGAAAUGCCUUUGCUAAUUGAAAAUUCUAAGCUUUCUACACAAAGAGUUGCGUCAGUCUCAGCUAUCGAGAAUGGAAUUCGCGGAAGUUUGGCGCGUAUACGAGCUAUCUCAGCCUCCAACUUGGUCAAUUUGGCGAAUCGUACGAUUUGUAUAUUGAACGAUACACGGGAAAUUCUGGAGAAGAGAAACAAGGAGUGGCAAAUAAGUAGAGAAAUCAAAGAGGAGCAAGAGAAACAAGAUAAGGAAAUUCAGGAGAAGGAAGAGAAACAAGAUAAAGAAAUACAGGAAAGGGAUGAAAAACAUGAUCAAGAAAUCCACGAGAAAGAAGAGAAACAAGACGCUGAGGGGCAAAGCGUUGAAAAGAAGAUAAAAUUCAAAACCAUUCUGAAGGAACUUGUGGACAUGUCUUUGGUGAAAAAUUUAUGUUUCCUAAAUUUAUGCUUUGGUGUAAGUUUCGUGUGUACAUCCGACUUUGGUUUUUCCUCUCUUCUUCCUCUUAUAAUGACCGAUGCGGGAUAUACGAAAUCGGAAGCCGCAAUAAGCAUGACAGUUAGUGGAAUAGCCGAGUGGACGUCAAAAAUUCUGCUAACAAUUUUUACACUGGUAGUAAACGUAAAGCAGAAAUACAUAUUUUUCACAGCUACAAUCUUCAUGGAAUUCGCCAGAAUAGGAUUUUUGAAGUACAGCAAUACGAUUAUGAGCGCAUAUAUUAUGAUAGCAAUAGUCGGUGCCGUGCGAUCAUGGUUGCUGGUUCCGCAACCUCUAGUUAUUAUAGAAGAGCAGGAUAUAAAAAAAUUCGCAUCGGCUUAUGGUAUCUACUCUGUCAUCAGCAGUCUAGUCACAAUAAUUUUUGGCGCUAUUAUAGGACUAAUUAAGGAUUGGACUGGUAGUUAUGAAAUGUAUCAAAUCUCUCUACUAGUGUUAAAUAGUGCAUUUAUUUUGCCAUGGAUUUUGCAAUUUAUCUUUGUAGACUUUAAAAAAUGGCGAAAACAACGUGCGAUAAACCAAAAUGAAAUCUAUCGAUUAUGAAGGAAAAUAAAAAAAUACAGAACAAGAUUUAAUAAC